UCAAAAUGACACCUGAGGAAAUGACACCUCUAUCUCCCUGGGGCCACAGUCUUAGCUCUGCACUCAGAAAAAUUUAAUGUUGGCCAAAUUUUGCCCAUUGUCAGGUCCAUUUGAUCCUCUCACUUUCCUUCUUGCCCAACAUUUCAGUGUGACAUGGAUCAAAUGUGACUUUUUGUCCAGUUUCUGGGCAAAAUUCAGCAUUGGUGGAGGAUCUGGCUCUGUAGGUGCCAGGUCUCCUCAGCUCUGGUUAAAUUUCCCACCCAAAUUGUUCCCAAUCUCAAAGUUUUCAUAUUGAAGGAGAAGGUGUCAGAGCAAGGAAUUCUACAGGCAGACUCAUGCUUCUCAGGGGAAACAUCAGCGUGUGUGGGGAAGAAUUUCUUCACAGAAAGGAUGGUUAGACAUUAGAACAGGUUCCCGAGGUGGUGGAGUCACCAUCCCUGGAGGUGUUUAAGGAAAGCCUGGAAGUGGCACUCAGUGCCAUGGUCUGGUUGACAAGGUGGUGUUUGGUCACAGGUUGGACUCGAUCUCAGAGGUCUUUUCCAAUCGAUUUCUAAUCGAUCCUGGGAUUAGGGGAAAUGGCCUUAAACAGAGACAGGGGAGAGUCAGAUUGGAUUUCAAAGAAGCAUUUUUUUCCCUGUUGGGUUGCCCAGGCAGGUGGUGGAGUCACGGUCCCCGGAGUUCAGUUUAAGAGGCGCUGGGUCGGGCGCUGGUUGAUGAGGUUUGGUGUCUAAGGGGUUACAGCGGCAGUGCGGGCUUGGACUUCGUGAUCUUGAUGGUCUCUUCCAACCUCGAUGAUUCCGGGACUGCAUGAAGGCACCAGACCCCACACGCACACCCGGGCUGCCCACACGUGCCGAGCUGAGGGGCGGGGGCGCGCAGGGGGGGCGGUGUCGCGACAUGUCGCGCUGCAACGGCGCGCGCCCCCGCGCGGGAACGCGCGUGGGAUGCGGUGUGAGGGGGAGCGGGAGGGGGCGGGAAGCGCCGAGCGGGGAGGCGGGAGGGAAAGGGAGGGAAAAGCAGGGAAAGGGAGGAAAAGGGGGGGGUUUAACCCCCCCGUGCCCGGCGGCGGCGGCGGCAUUUUCUAUUCAGGCGGCGCUGAGGGAGCCCGUCGCGCCCGGUGCAUUGUGGGACCGCGCUGGGAGUCCCGUUCGCGGGAGGAGGCGGAGGGCGAGGAGGCGGCGAGAGCCGGAAUUGGGAUGGACACUUGUGUUAUUCCAUUAAGACAUGGAGGUUUGUCAUUAGUCCAGACGACAGAUUAUAUUUAUCCUAUUGUGGAUGACCCUUAUAUGAUGGGACGAAUAGCGUGUGCCAAUGUCCUAAGUGACCUUUAUGCCAUGGGGGUCACAGAAUGCGACAACAUGUUGAUGCUCCUUGGGAUCAGCAAUAAAAUGACAGAUAGGGAAAGAGACAAAGUGAUGCCUCUAAUUAUCCAGGGUUUCAAAGAUGCAGCAGAAGAGGCAGGAACAUCUGUUACUGGUGGCCAAACAGUGUUAAAUCCCUGGAUUGUUUUAGGAGGAGUGGCCACAACAGUCUGUCAGCCUAAUGAAUUUAUAAUGCCAGACAAUGCAGUGCCAGGAGACGUGCUUGUAUUAACUAAACCCUUGGGAACACAAGUGGCUGUAGCUGUCCACCAGUGGCUAGAUAUUCCUGAAAAAUGGAAUAAAAUCAAACUCGUGGUAACGCAGGAAGAUGUAGAACUAGCAUAUCAGGAGGCAAUGAUGAAUAUGGCACGGCUGAACAGGACAGCUGCUGGACUCAUGCACACUUUCAAUGCACAUGCAGCUACAGACAUCACAGGAUUCGGGAUCCUGGGGCACGCACAGAACCUUGCCAAGCAGCAGCGGAACGAGGUGUCCUUUGUUAUCCACAACCUGCCCGUCCUGGCUAAGAUGGCUGCUGUCAGUAAGGCCUGUGGCAACAUGUUCGGCCUCAUGCACGGGACUUGUCCAGAGACUUCAGGAGGCCUCCUCAUCUGCUUACCACGAGAGCAGGCAGCGCGUUUCUGCGCCGAGAUCAAGUCCCCGAAAUACGGCGAAGGCCACCAGGCGUGGAUUAUCGGCAUUGUAGAGAAGGGCAACCGCACGGCCAGGAUUAUAGACAAACCCCGGAUCAUUGAAGUGGCACCACAGGUGGCCACUCAGAACGUGAAUCCCACGCCUGGUGCCACCUCUUAAUAGAGAUGAAUUAGCUGUUUGUUUUUAAAUAGAUCUAUUCCCUUAUCAUCCUACAAUUUAAAGAACUGUAAAAAGAAAAGAAAACUUGUUGUGUCUGCACAUCUGGUGGCCUUAGGUCAGUUUAUGAGUGGAUACAAAUAAUAAAAUCCAUUGCCUUUUUUUCCUGUUACAUUAACUGAAGAUGCACCUAAUCUUGAGGCAGCUUCUGAGUUGAGAAUUAUAUUGUUAUCCAAUACUGUUGAUUCAUUUUGAAUCUUUAGACACUUAUCUCUUGCCGCAUAGGCUCUUUUUAAAGGUGCUUUCACGUAGCACAGACAUUACCAGAAGUAGUGUCGAAUAGCAGUUUGUGUCCUUUCAUUAUGUGUAUAUUUAUCAUGAAUCUAAUUUUGAUGCCUUGAGUGAUAUUCCAGAAAGGCAAUAAAUUGACAAGAGACACAGUGGGUUACCCAGUAGUAAGAGGUUGCAUGAUUGCAUUCAAUCUUCAAUUUUUAAAAAAAAAAUUAUUUUAUUUUCUAAAUUUUUUUGUAAAGUUUAGUCUUACCAAGAGCAUCUACGACCCUGGACAUUGCUUGGUAGUGCACUCAGUUUAAACAGCAAGUGCUGACUUUUUGCAUGGAAAGCGCUUCAGAGUCGAAGGAGUCAUUUUGAAUUUCAUUAUUUGUAGACCUGACAAUAUUUACUGUAUUAUCAAUGAUUGUUUUCUUUAUUGAUAGUAAGGACAAAUCUUUUUUUUUUUUUUUUUUUUUUUUUUUGCAACGUGAUUGGAUGUGCUAUAGUGCAACAAAGGUUUUGCAGACCAAAAGGAGGUUACUGUAUAAUAUUCAUUUACAAUUCACUAUAUAAAUAACUACACAAAUAAUUUUUAAAUAUAAUCAAACUAAAAUAAACCUCUGUUCUGUGGAUGGUAGUGUUUAAUACAUUUUAUAUUUUGUAUAGUGAUUACAAGCCUUUUUUGUUUCUUUAAAAAUCAGCAGCUGUUUAGUAUAAUACUUAGUAUUAUUUUGUUCUUUGCUCAAAUACAAUUUUCUGCACGCUUUUGUGAUCUGUGUUUAAAACCAACAUUGCCAACAAUGCAGCUUGAACUUAAGCUUGUUAUUCAAAAUAAAUAUUUAAUUUUUUUUA